AUGAUGCUGAGAAGAAGUGCGUGCUUUUCAGGUAUGUCUUUCCUACAUAUUUAAAGUAAGAUUUGUCAGACUGAGAUGAUAAAAAGUAAUUAAACCUCAAGCUGCGUUAGCCAGAGUAAUUGAUUUCCGCAAAGAGAAAUUUUUUGUAUGAUGUCAGUUUACCUGAGCUAUGCCAACCUGACGGCAAACUAACUUGUUUUUCUUGUUACAGUGUCAAUAAGAACUACAAACUUUAUCAGUCAUAGCUUUAACAUGAUGUGUGUGAUCAGACUGUCCUUUCCAUUGCUACUGAAACAGAAUUUAUGACUGUUGUUAGGGUAAAGGUUUAAUCUAUUUUAAAUGAAAUGACCCACUGCUGUGAGGGAGUUUCUGAAGAUAAAGGAAAAAUUGAAGCCUUUUGAUAAAACCAGUCCUUGUAGAUUAUAAACCAACAUCCUCACUAUGAAAACUUGUUGCUUUCGUAACAGUCUCACUGAUAAGAGUUGCCAAAGUACAACAUAUUCCAACAAGCUGGGACACAAGAUAUGCUUGUUGUGGGAGUGUUUUUUUCUGCUGAAACGAAACCUAAAAAUUUUUUGGCACCUCAGUGCCAGAGGAGCAGAUGAACUAGUUAGUAGAGACUUCUGCAAUCAUCUCAUUAGUGAGUCACGCAGAGGCUCAGCGAGGUAUUGCGUGAUUUCCCAACAAACUGUUCAGAGCAGGUUACAUCUAUUUUCUAGGAUGAUGACAAAAAAAUUUGCAUACAUCUAAUAUAGACAUCAAACAUUUUUAACUUUGCAUUUUUUGUUGCGGUAAAUUAAAGAUCCAUAGCUGUUUCUAUCAGUCAGUAUGUUUACAUGACACCUGAGAAAACCAAAUUAUUGCCUUACUCUGAUGAAGACCGGACAACUGAAGUGCAUGUAAACACCUUUAGUCUGACUAUAAUCGGAGUUUGAGAACCCCAAUUGGAGUCGGACCACUCUGAUUAAGACACCCAUAUAAUGAUAACAUAGAUAUCCUAUGUUUUAGGUGAUGAGUACACCGGGGCACCUGGUGAAGUGGCUUGUGACAUCUGCACAGAGGACAAGCUGAAAGCUAGGAAGUCUUGCCUCUUGUGUCUCAUCUCGUAUUGUUCUACCCACUUGGAGAGUCACUCUUCAACUAGGAGGUUGAAGGGCCACAAGUUGGUGCAACCUGUGCAGAACUUGGAUGACAGGGCCUGUCUCCAGCAUGGACGGCCCUUGGAGGUGUUCAGCAGGAAGUCAGAAAGGUGCAUUUGUGUGCUCUGUAUGAAAGAAGAUAAGAAAGAGGUGGUUCCUACUGAAGAAGAAUGGAAAUGGAAAAAGGUGAGCUCCCACACGGAUAGCCUUAUCAUUUUAUGGUUUAUGCUUUGGUAAGUUUGUGGUGAUAAGGAUUCUGAUUUUGCCUUUUGGUUACCUCCAGGCCAGGCUUGAGGACACAAUGAUGGAGUUACAGAAGAAAAUUGAAAAGAGAAAAAAUCAGACGGAUGAGAUAAAUGUAUCACUGACGGACUGCGAGGUAAGUUGUGAAACUCUGUGGUCCCUAAUUAGCCAGAAUUGAAAGGGGAUCAGACCAGUUAGGUUGCGUUCACACCAACCUUGUUUAGUCCAGUUGAACUGAACCCUGGAGUGUUUACCUCCUUGGUGUGGUUCAUUUUGGCUGGUGUGAACGCUGGCCUCAAAUUCUGGUGUGGACCAGUCAACCUCUCUUGGGUUCUCCUGGUAGAGGUGGUCUCAGACUGCUAUCAAGUGAACUCUUGAGUGGUUUACUUCUGGUGUGAACCCCAUCCGCACCAAUCACAGGAAGCACGCCUCCAAAAACAAUGAGGUAGGCUCUAAUUAUUGCCAGUUGUCUUCUGUGAUGUGACCGUCCGAUUGCAGAGCAUCUCAGGUGACGUGGGUGUAUUAAUACAUUAUAUAAUUGCAGCAGUCUUUCCAGACGUUCAGAUACGCGGUCCGUGGUUCCAGAUUAGCACCAAGAUAAAAAUGAGCAGACGAUGCCUUAAUAAAAAAGUCCAUGGUGGAGAUUGAAGAUCAUCUUUCAUUGCAUCUCCCAUGUGUAGCCAUCACUUUUGUAUCAUAGCAUAUUCGCCUACAAUACCCAAUAUGCAACAGUACAUACACUACAUUAAGUGGUAAGGGACUCAGCUUUUCAAGCUCGUGGACCAAAAAUGCAAACCAGGGCUCAUUGCAUCAUCGAAAAUUUGACCCCUCUCAGGAGUUAAAGUUCCCAAACAAAGAAUCCCUGUCUCUGCUUUUCAAGUGACAGGCAUUGUUGUAAACUGUUAAAGAACAUAAACAGACAUUCUGUCUUUGCCUCUAUUUAAAGGACCGGCUGAAAAACGAGAUGGAAGAAAUCGAUGCCGUGUUCAGAGCUGUUCUUGCCAUUGUGGAGGAAGCCCGCGUGGCAGCUCUUCAGCCAAUCCAGGACAGAAGGAAGGCUAUGGAAGAGGAGGCUAAACACAUUGAAAAGAAGUUGAGAGGAGAGAUCCAACAGCUUGAGGAGACCCUCUCUCAGCUUGAAGAAAUAUCUGAACUUGAGGAUCACAUCCUAUUCUUACAGGUGAGAGGUUUUUUUUUAAGGAACGGACCAUGGUUUUUGAAUAACAAGUCUCUACGAAUUGAGUUGAACGUCUGACUUUAGUGAUUUACAGGAACAGUAUUGUAUCAAACUUGCCCCAGGGCUUUUACCAAACUUUGACAAUAACAGGAAGUUAUUGUAACUUCAACUCCAUGGCUUCUUAACUUCAUUUUUUCUUUAUGGCCACUCUGAUCUCUGAUCCAAAUUCUCCGCAGUGACAGCCAGUAGCACUCGCAAAAUCCUCAUUUAAAUAGGGCGUUCCACACCACUUUUGUGCCUGUUAGCAAUCACACAAUCAUAGUAGAUCACCCGCAACGCGCCCGCUAAUAUAGGGUGAACUUAGUGCUGGACGAUAAUUCGAUAACAAUAUAUAUCGAUCGAUAGACGUGUGCUGCGAUAGAAAAAAAACGGGUCGAUAAAAAGUUCGAUAGAAAAACACAGUUUCCCUUUCUUUUUCAUCAUAGCCUGUCAUGUAGCUUUUACUACAGUCAUUACUUCCUCCCAACCAAUCACAAACGCAGACCCAGGUACGCUACGGCACCAAGCCCAGCCCCUAUCAAACCACAACAGACAGCACGUGUAUUAGAAAAAAUGAUACAGCAAGGAGAGGCGGAGGACAUUGUCAGAAGUUCACCAGCAUGGCAAUGUUUUGGUUUUUAGAAGUCUGACAAAAAGCGAACAGCGGUCGUUUGCAAAAUUUGCAGAGAAUUAGUAAAAACCAAGUCUGGUAACACAACGAACUUGUUUUACCAUCUAAACCGGUCGCACCCGCAGGAGUACGAGCUGUGUCGGCCGCGCCGCGGCUCCACGUCGUCGGAGGAGGAAUCCUCUGGAACCGCUGCCAGCACCAGCACAAAGCAUGUGAAGCAGACCAAACUGGACUUCGUUUCUUGCCAAAAUACGACAAAGCGUCCGAGCGGCAUAAGGACAUCACCCAUGCAGUAACAUGCUCCAUAGCGAGGGACAUACUGCCAAUAACUACCGUUGAAAAGCCUGGCUUCGACCAGCUUCUAGCCACUCUCGACCCGCGAUAUGAAGUGCCCGGCCGCAAGUAUUUCUCAAACACAGCGCUUCAGGCAUGAAAAUGGGUCAGGGGUUGAAAAGGUGAGAAGAAUGCAUCCCGUCCACUCAUUAGCUUCUUAAAGUGGAAGAAAAUGAGCUCAUAUUUUACAAAGACGCGAGUAUUUGGAUCAUGGCUACUAGCAGGGGGUGCAUUCGGCAGGGGUGCAUUCUACGACACAACACCGGCGUGGAUAAGUCCUGCUUCUCGUGCUCAGUUUGCGUAUCAAGUCAAUCACAUGAUGAUUAAAAAUAAAUAAAUCUCCCGACCCCGGGAGAAAUGUUUCAAUGUUCAGACACCAGGCUGUGGGCAGUUUCUCACACAGUUAAAACUGGUAGUAUGUUAUUCCCACCUAAAGCUAUUCUGUUUGUUUAUUUAUAUAUUUGUUUGUUUUGUUUAUUUUCAUCAAAAGACUAUUUAAAUAUUUAUUUAUCAGAUUUUCUGGUCACUUUAGUCUAUAUGUUUGUCAGUAUUUACUGACGUCACUCAGGCCCCUUAAGUUGAUUUCUUUUUUUUUUUUGUUCUUUUUUAAAAAACUUUCAGUUGUGGUAAAAUAAAAAAGGUGGUUGAAUAAAGGUUUGAAUUUGAAUUCAGUGCUUCUGUGUUCUUUAUUAAAAGUAGGUCAUUAAGCAAUAGCAUAAAACAUCAAGGGCUGCAAUUAAAAUAUAUGUUAAAUAAUUAUAAUAAUUAUAUCGAUAAUUAUCGAUAUCGAUCAAUAUGAUUUAUUUUUUAUCGAUAUGCUUUUUUUCUAUAUCGUCCAGGCCUAGGUGAACAUAUUCUGACUUCCCAAAAAAAGAGGGCACGACUACGCAGGGAAGAGUCACGGAGUUGCACAAAGUUAAUUUUAAAAGGAUGCUGUGUCUUUUGCGCGCUUCUAUCUCAAUAAGUCCACAUGACACAAAUUCCAAACUUACAUUUGUGGACAUUUGUAGGAUUUUAUAAACUUCCCUGGACAGUCCCCAAGAGAGGACAUGUCCGGGUAAAAGAGGACGUAGUGUCACCCUACACUAAUACCACACGCAAUAUUUAGUUUGCACAUGCAAUUUUAGUGCUCGUAUUUGGGAUCUUAGUAGAUCAGGCCCCAAGACAUUCAUCUUGACCAGUUUCAGAUACCAUUGAUACCAUUAUUGGUAUCAAGAGGACUGUUAUUCAUCAGAAUGGACUUGGACCAUGUCAUGUUUUAAUAUUGUUGGUGCAUGAAUACAACAACUACUUUCGACUCAAUUCAAAAGAACAAGCAUGAUGUUAGAGUGGAACCAAAUAACUUGGACUGCUUAAUAGUUGCACUUCAUUGGACUACGCAAUUGGAAUUUCAUAUCUGCUCUUCUUGUCUCAGAGUUACCCAUCUCUUCAAGACCUGGACAACAUAGAAUACUACCCAGAGGUAGAGCUGGACACGUCACUGUCAUUUGGCACCAUGAAACAAAUCACAACCCCCAUGAUGGAAUCAAUUCAAAAGGAACUAGAGAAGCUGACCCCCAUCGGUAAGAGUUAAACCAAAGCAGUAAAAGUAAAGGAUUAUUGUUGACUGCAUUAAUCUGAAGUUGUUUCUUUACUUCACAGAACUUCAAAGAAUUACCAAGUUUAAAGGUGUGUGUUACAGUCUGUUUCUCUCUCAUGAUAUGCUUCCAAAUAUUGACUGUAGAGUCUUGAUGUUACAGUUGUUCACAACUUGUUCUCAACAGUGGAUGUAAAGCUUGACCCAGCUACUGCACACCCACGCCUUGCUCUUUCUAAAGAUGGCAAAGAGGUCAGAGAUAGUGGAGAGAACCAGGAAGUCGCUGAUUCUCCAAAGCGGUUUGAUGUGUUUGGCAGCAUCCUUGGGCUCGACAAGUUGCCAUCUGGGAAGUCCUACUGGGAGGUUGAGGUCAGGAACAAAACUGGGUGGGAUCUGGGGGUGGCAAGAGGUGGCGCAAACCGUAAAGGUAAUCUCUCCACAUCCCCAGAUAAUGGGUACUGGGUUGCCGUGCAUUAUGAAGAAGAACAGUAUGCAGCCAUGACAGCUCCACCAGUUCUUCUUUACCCGAAGAAGAAACCUCAGAAGGUGGGAGUGUUUGUGGACUACGAGGAAGGUCUUGUGUCAUUCUACGAUGUGAGAGAAAACUCCCACAUCUACUCUUUCACUAAGUGUUCAUUCAAUGAUAAGAUCUUCCCAUACUUCAGCCCGCAUGUCAAAAAAGGUCAGAAAAAUGCCGAUCCCUUGAUUAUCCUUUGA